AUGAAUUUAAACAUUCAGUUCUAUUAUAAAAUAAUUUCAGCCAUGAAAAUAAUAACAAGUCUCUGUGAAAUGCCCGAACUAAACAAAUGUAACGUUUACGUCAAAGAUAAAGAAGAUUUAUUAAAUAAAAUAAAUCAAAUAAUUGCUGCUGGUCAUGAAAAGUUACAAAUUGUAACAGACUUCGACCACACGCUAACAAGGCAUAAUAUGGACAAUGGAAAAGUAGUUCUCACUAGUUUUGCUAUGUUUAGAGAGUGUCCAUCAAUACCAAAAGAUUACAAAGAUGAAGAAAUUAGAUUGGCAGAUAUUUAUAAACCAAUAGAAGUAGACUCUGAAAUUAGUAUUGAGGAGAAAACCAAACAUAUGGUAGACUGGUAUGUGGCUGCCCAUAAUUUAUUAAAAGGAAUGAAGUUCCCAAGAAAUGAACUGGUAGAAGUUAGCAAGAAAAUGGUGGAAUGCUUCAGGAUAGGCGUGUCAGAUUUAAUAAACUGGAGUGAAUAUAAGCAAGUUCCAAUGUUAGUAUUUUCUGCUGGACUUGGAGAUUGUGUUGUGGCAGCUUUGAAGUCUGCAAACUAUCUUUUACCUCAUGUAAAGGUUGUAUCAAACUUUCUCGCGUUCGACGAGAAUGACACAAUAGUUGGAAUCAAAGGCGACGUCAUCCAUACUUACAAUAAGAACGAAGCUGCUAUUAAAAACACAGAAUAUUACGAAAUGGUCAAAGAAAGGAACAAUGUUCUUUUGAUGGGUGAUAAUAUAGGUGAUGCUGGAAUGGCAGAGGGCAUGGACCAUUGUGACGUCAUUGUCAAAGUUGGCUUCCUUGGCCGUAAUACCGAUGCUAAUUUGCAAAACUAUAUAGACAAAUUUGAUAUUGUCCUAGUCAAUGAACACACUAUGGAUGUACCGAAUGCCAUAUUGAAAUUAGUGCUG